CCAGGUUUUUCCGUCGCGGUCCAGAACCUCCCACUUGUACGGCAGGAGCCAGUGGACGUGAGCGCAUUUAUCUGAGGGAGGACGGGACACAAAGGCACGCUCUUAGGCAGCGGUAUCAAAACAGCAGCAGCUCCACGCAGGCGUUCAAACGCAGCCCUCCUGGCAGAGAAUGACAUGUUUGAACACUUCAUCGCUCGCCUGGAUCCUCGGGUGCUGGGGGGCCACGCUGUGGGUCAAGGCCUGGGAGCAGCAGUCUCUGUGGAAGCUGUGGGACAUGGACACAGGAGGAGGUCUCGUCACUACAUAUCGGAUCCAGUCCACGAGCUGACCUUGGAACAAAAACUUUACGUGGCACAGAGAGAAAUAACAGCGACACAACUAGAGCAGGAGAAGCUCCGACGGACGUAUGAGAAAAUCCAAGAUAACUACAAGGCUUCUCUGAAAGAGGCAGAAAUACGUCUCUCAGAGAUCAACAAAGCCAAAACUGAGUUUGAACGCAGACUACGACCUAUGAAGGACAACAGAUUAGAAAUGAAGAAGCCAGAGAAAAUUCUCCAGUACAUUGAAGACAAGUCAAAGUUCUCACUGCUGGAGAAAUAUAAUCUGAAGACCCAGAUGCUGAAGGUCCAGGAGAAGAAGCUCCAGCAGCAGCUUCAGCAAAAAAAGGAGAUGACAAAGGCUGAAUAUGAAGUAAACAAUGAAAGUGAAACCUUCCAUGAUUAUGAUGAGCAAAGAAUUGACAAAAAUCUGCAUGAACUUCAAGUCAACAGUUUGAAAGUGCAACAAAAUCUCAGUUCACACAAGGAGAAACUGCAACGUGUGACACAGGAGUCUACAGAGCUUAGUAAUGACAUCACCAAUAGGAAGCUAUUGUUGGCAAAAAUCGAGGAGGACCUAGAGCACGUGGAGGAGGAGCGUUUGAAGGCAGAGGCCCUUAACCAACACCUGCAUCGCCAGAUGGCAGCUUAUCAGGCUCCUGAUAUCACCGACUACAUUCACGUCAAGGACAAACGCAAAAAGCUGCGACAGAGCAUUCAUAUUUGGGAGAGGAAGGUUGCCAUUGCUGAGAUGGCCCUGAAGAGCCACACAAAAGCCUGGAACACACAGAGCCACGCUUUUACUCCUGCAAACACUGCUGCAGCUGAAGCGAGGGCUGCAGCUCACCACAUGCGACUUAGGCUCCCAAACAUACGGUAGAACAUACAGAAUAAAUGGAUUGGGAAAUGGAAUGGAUUCAUCCGAGCAUUGCAAACAGCCUGAAUACUAAUAACAACAACAAGAGUUCUGUGAAGUCUUACAAUUUCAUGAGAGUUACUUUAUAAAGCUCAGGAAACAAGAAACCAGACCACUGUCAGCUUCAGCUGUUCAUGCUUAUCAUUUAUGCCAUGAACAAUUAUGGGAAAUUAUUCUGUCCUUUUUUUGAUUCUUGAUUUGUUAUUUGUAUCUGUAGUGAAUAAAAGUUAUCAAAAGUUUUGACUUUCA